GGUAUCUACUUUUGUAGGAAGGGACGGUGCUUGAGAGAAGAAUAGACGGGAGUAAUAGAUAAAAAAGGAAAUAUGGUAAAAUUUAGAACUCAUUUUAUGUGUAUUUAGAGGCAUGUCAAAUGUGGUAGUCUCGCUGUUGAAUAAGGUGGUGAUUGGAUCAUCAUUGUUUGGUUUUGGGACGUUUUUGCUGACAAAGUCUGCAUGCGUAGUGUAUGGUGGAGAACGGGCGCUGAUAUGGGAUCGUCACAAUGGGAUUCGGGACAACGUUCUAUCGGAGGGGGCCCAUUUGUUGAUUCCCUUUUGGGAGAAGCCUAUUUUUAUGAAUGUGAGAACAACACCAAAGCAGAUUGACACAGAGACAGGUUCUAAGGAUUUGCAGACAGUGAACAUAAGUGUAAGGGUGUUGUAUCGUCCGAACGAGUCAUUUUUGCCGAGCAUUGCAAGGAAUUUGGGCUUGGAUUACGAUGAGCGCAUACUCCCAUCACUUGGACAUGAGGUACUAAAGGCGGUAGUGGCUCAAUAUAACGCAAAUGAAUUGAUUACACAACGUGAAGCAGUAUCAAACGAGAUUCGAGUGAACUUAACCGAGCGAAGCCGUUCUUUCCACAUCUUGCUAGAGGAUGUAUCAAUUACUCAUUUGGGGUUCUCGGAGGAGUACACGCAUGCCAUAGAAGCCAAGCAAGUGGCGCAGCAAGAGGCUGAGAGAGCCAAGUUUGUCGUAUUGAAGGCUGAACAGGAAAUGAAAGCGGCCGUGACCAGGGCAGAGGGCGAGGCAGAGGCAGCUCGACUGAUAGGCGAGGCCACUCAGAAAUACGGACCUAGUUUUAUCGAACUUAGAAGACUCGAAGCCGCCAAGGAAAUAGCAGAAACGCUCAGCAAGUCGAAAAACGUUGUUUAUGUCCCUCCUGAUAACCGUUUGUUCUUGAAUCUCGGAAAGACCUAAAUAGGCAAGCAAUAGGAGGUCUCUUAAAUAUUUGCCGUUUUCCAGAGCGGGCAGAGGAUCAUUUUUAAAACAGAUUGGGCUCUCUUAAGCUUUGUUUAUAUUUCGAUGUCAUUUUGGUGGACGACGUUAAUACACAUAUUUUUUUAUGCUCUAUAAAACCUAUUCAAAAACUGUUA